UUAGAUUUAAGUCAUAAUGAAUUCAGAGAGAGGUCGGGACAAGUAAUAGGCACAGCAUUAGGAGAAAAUUUUAGGAUCGAGACCCUUCGAUUAGGUUGGAACAGUUUAAGAAAUCAAGGUGCUGUUGCUAUUGGUCAGAGUUUAGCGUAUAAUGACAGUCUCAAAGUAUUAGAUGUAAAUAUGAAUGGCUUUGGUUAUGGUGGAUGUUUAGCAUUACGCGUAUCAUUAAAAACCAAUACAACACUACGUGAAUUAGACCUAACUAACAAUAGUAUCAACUGGAAUGGUGCACAGUUAAUAGCUCAUGGUCUUCAAGAUAAUACUGGAUUAGAAGUGUUGAGGGUAAGGCUUUUGUUCACAUUUUGGUUGAUGCAGAAAAGUAGGACGUAA